GUUUCAAAUAUUCAUACACGGGCCAGUGUGUUAUGUCUCUCAACAAGGUCAAGGUGUCAGUCCUUCCUUGGCUAGGUGUCGACGACUGAACCGUGAUCGGUUGAUGCGGAUCGUGCGGCGAUGUGUGCGAUGGCACAGCAGCAGCAGCAGUUGCAACAGCAGCCGCAGCACCAGGGCCCGCCGGCGCUCGAAUUCAGCCUCUUGGAUUCGAACGACCUCAAGCAGGCGAGCAAGAUGAAGGUGCUCAUCGUCGACUACCUGAACACGAUUCCAGAGCCGUGGAUGGUACAUGGUCUGGUGGAUUUCUACAUGGAAUCCAACUCAAUGCGGGCCCUCAGCAUCCUUACGUCUGUGCGGGAACCUCACCACAAGCAUCUGUUCGACAAGAUGCAGGAGUACAUGAAGGGAGCGCACCGGCUGCAGACGGUGAUGCUGCUGAGUCACGUCGUGGGCAAGCAGCCGCCGUGGCUUCACAAGGUCGUCUGCUCGCACUCGCUGCUGCUCACACUGCUCAAGUGUCUGAAGACGGAGGUGGACGUUGGCGUACUGCUGUGUGGUAUCUUGUUGAUAGCCACCCUUCUGCCUGCUGUGCCCACUCUUAUUGGACCCUAUAUGACACACAUCUUUGAAAUCUUCUGUCGGGUGGCAGCCUGGAUACCUAAAAAUCAAGGUGGCGUACCAGAAAUUCACGUACUGCACGUUCAUGUGGGACUGUACUCGCUGUUCCAUCGGCUGUAUGGAAUGUUUCCCUGCUCCUUCCUCACCUAUCUCCGCUACUUUUAUGGAAAAGAAGAGAAUGCCUCUGUCCACAGAGAAAUCAUCAUGCCGAUGCUAGAGCGAGUGCGCAUGCAUCCCGCCCUCGUCACGCUCUCCAAGGAGACGGAGAUGUCGAAGGAGCGCUGGUACCGCAUGGACGCGCACGACAUUCUGUCGGAGUGCGCGAAGCUGUCGCUCGACACGAUGGAGGGCCCGAGCGAGACGCUCGACCUCGCGCACGACUCGAAGAAGCACGGCGACGCCAAGCGGCUCUACCGGCUGCCAAUCAGCCUCGACGAUAAAGAUUUGUUAGGCGAAUCUCAAUCGAUACUGGUGCAAGCAGCAGGUUGUGAUGAGAGCUUGUGGAGUCCUAGUGCUGUCUGUGAGAUGGCUUCCCCCCCACCUUCCAGCCUCCGCAGCCGAACAGGUAGUGUCAGCGAUGGUAGGUCCACACAUCCGCAGCCAGAGCACAGCUCCAACGUAGAGGUAUCGACAACAACAACUCCAAGGAACAAGCUUCGCCCCAUAUCCGUUGAGACGUCAGACGAAGGAGCAGUGGCAUCGUCCAGUCGCCAGAAAAUAGAUUUCACAGAACAGUCAUCUAAGCAGGCCGAUGUGAAGCGACGCACCUUUGUUUCAAAGGCGCUCACCGCCGCCUCAAAGUCGAGCCCCACAGGUGGCUCCACUGAGCCGCUGUCAGCGCCGGAGACGCCGCGGCUGAAUGAGAAGGCGGAGCCGUGGACGGGGCGUACAUCCGCGCAGGCCGAGUCGCUGCUGCGCACGGUGGGAACCACGGCAACGGUGGCAACGGUAGCGGCGGUGACGAUGACGACAAAGACGACAGCGGCGGCAGUUUCUGACGCAACGCAGCCGGACAACUCGAUGGUGACUGUCAACAACUUGCCUGAUGUCAUUGAGAAGCUAUCGAUGGACAGACGUUCUGACUUGGAGGAUAGAGAACUAGGUGCCUUUGAUAGGGAGGUAUCAGAGCUGGUGAGUCAGGGGGUGGCAGAGACGAUACAGCAAUGUCGAGUGAGAGAGGAGGGCAUCUCUUCUCUUGACCUGGACAACUCGGGCUCUUUGUUAUGCUUCUCCCAGGCAACGAACAGCAUGCCUGAUAUAAAAACUGUUCCUCGGCAAGGGGCUGUUACUAGUUUUGAGCUUGCUGAGAGACCGAAGAAGGAGAGUGAGAGCUCCGAGUCUGUCGAGGAGGGUGAGGUGACGGGAGAUACGCUCACCUCCUGGGAAGGGGCGGUGGACUUCAUGCGCAAGGUCAACCGUAUUCGCUUCUACAGCCACUGCGUGCCAGAGGUGUCGGACAUCGUAAUGAUGGCGGAGAAACCUGCUCCUAGGCGGCGCUGGCGGUCGUGCUCUGCGCUUGACGAAGGCAGCAACGAGAAAUCCGACAGUGAACAUCAGCAGACGCACGACACCGUCGUCUCGGAGAUUCCGUGCCUACUCUGUAAGAAAGUGACAAAGACGAUCAGUCUCGUCACCACCACUUCCACAGCGUUCACAGCAGUGUACUCUCAGACGGCGAUAUCGGACGCGAAAACAUCGGCAGCGUCGGCGCCGGCGGAGGACGGGGCGGCGGCGGCGGCGACGACGACGACGUCGAGGACGAUGGUGGACGAUGGCGACGACACGACGAGCGUGUACGUGCAGCCGGUGAUGAGCACGGCGCGGGACCGCACGGGCCGCGAGUUCCCCUUCUACACGACGCUGCCCCCCGCAGAGCUGCUCGACCGACACGUGCAGCUCGCUCACAGCACCCACGCCAAGGAGCUGAGCAAGCUGUCGUUGACGAGCAAGAGCAGCACGGACUGGACGCACUUUGGCGGAGCGCCGCCCGCGGAGGAGCUGCAGGUGCUGCGCACGCAGCAGCUGCUGCUGCACAACCAGCUGAUGUUCGAGCGACACCGGCGCGACCUUCAUGGACAACGCAACCGCCGGCUGCUGCGGCGCGCCAACGCGUCCGUCGCCAUGGAGGAGAAGGUCGUCGCCAUGAAGGAUCAGGUGCAUCUGCAGGAGUGCGAGAUCAUAUCGCUAAAGAAGGAGCUGAGGAGCGUCCGGUCGGAGUUGAGAGAGGUGAAAGAUGCGAAGGAGGAGCAGAAGACGCAGCAGCAAGUACAGAUGCAAGCCUACAUUCGUCAGAAGGAUCAGUAUUUUGAAGCGACGAAGGAACUAGAGAAUGAGAUCAAGACAAAGCACACAGAGAUCAACAUGCUCAAUAAGGAGCUGCAGAACACGCAGGCGAAGCUGUUCACGGCCGAGCAUCGGCUCGAGAUGAUCGAGGGAGAGGUGGCGCUCAACAACACGCUGAAGGCGCGCACGAUCGAGCUCAGCAAGCAGCUGCUGCUCUCUGGUGAGCUGCUCGAGAAGUACCAGCAGCGUGUGGAGGAGGAGGGGGCGUCGCCGUGCGCCGAGCUGCCGGCUAGCCUUAUCGGCAGCUACACGCACGAGAUCAACGCACUGAAACGUAAGCUCAAGGUGACCGAAUCGCAGCUGGAAGCGAAGAAUACUAGGCUAGUGGAACUGGAGGCUGCACUCGGCAAGAAAGAUCUGAUCAUAACCGAGCAGAAGCGAUCGCUAGAGCACAGCAAGAGCUUGGACAAGGGAAAGAUACAGGCUCUGGAGGGCAAGUAUCAAGCAAUGAAGGCCAUAGCUGCGCGAUUCGAGGAACACAUUCUACAGUUAUACAAUAGGCUGGAUUCUCAGACGACACAGGAGGUUCCUGGAGCUGGGCACGCGGCGACGAUGAAGGCGGGCGCGGCAAGGUUCGCCCCCCCGCCGCCAGCUCACGAGAGCCAGCACAGGCGCAACAGGGAACAACUGCAACGCUCACAGACCAUGCCAAAUUCCGAAACGAUGGGACCACCAGUAGAGCGGGGCGCCGCGCCCCCGGACUCGUCGCGGCUUCUGUCCCUGAGCGCGGUGUCGCCGGACGCCUCCAGGAGGGUGCAGCACCGUAGCGAGCCGUCGUCGCAUGGCGGUGGCCGCGCGCGGGGAGCUGUGAUGCCGGACGUCUCUGCGGCGCGCGAACAGGACGCCGGCAGUAAGCGGCGCUCGCUGCAGGACGUCGGUAAGAGCUAG